UCCUCCGGCGAGGAAACAAAACAGAGGAGGCCAAAAAAAAAAAAAGAAGUGUAAUCUUACGUGAACAUAAAAAAAAAUGUCAGCUUUGUGUCCUGUCUGCAAUCUUACGCUUCCCCUCUCCUUAAUCCAAAGUCAUGUGAAUUCCCACUUCGAAGACGACGAAAUCGAAAACGAUCACCACUUGGCUCUGCAACUCGCCUCUUCUUCUUCUUCUUCAGAUCAUCCUUCGUCUUCUUCUGCGUCAUCAUCAUCUAACUUGGACAAUUGCAACAAUGUUGCCUCCUUGGUUCAUUCACAGACCAAGAGUCAAUUCUACAGUAUAGGUCAUGGUGGUUUGAUUUGUUUGCUGAGGAACUGUCUGGAAUCCGAACUGAAAUCGAAGUCGAAACCUUUAGAGAGUAGUACUAGUUUACUAUUAGGCUUUGUUGAUCAUUUUCAAUCCUCAAAGGAAGAUAAAGGUUGGGGAUGUGGAUGGAAGAACAUUCAAAUGCAAUGCUCUCAUUUGAUUUCUCAUAGAGAAGAAGCUAAAAGAGUUCUCUUUGGUGGCUCUAACUUCGUUCCUGAUGUUCCUUCGCUCCAGCGUUGGCUCGAGUUAGCUUGGAACAAUGGUUUUGAUGUCUCUGGAGCUCUCCAUUUUAAUACUAGAAUCUAUGGUUCGAAGAGAUGGAUUGGAACCACUGAGUGUGCUGCGUUGUUACGCUCCUUCGGGUUAAGAGCCAGGGUUGUUGAUUUUGCUCCUGAGAAGUCUAAAUCAAUGUAUCUUUCAGUUCCUGGUUCUGCUGUUGCUCCCAAGGUAAAGUCAUAUGGUCCCAUGGACAGAUAUGUAGUUAAAAAGGGCGGUAGUGGGAAGGGGAAAACAGUUGAUUCUCAUGGUUCUAGUUCUUCUAGGAUCAGCAAAGGAGCCGUUUUGAUGAAUUGGGUUUGGAAUUACUUCUCAGAUAACAGGUUAAAUGUUUCCUCGGGUGUUCAUAUGACAAACAAAGGGCCCUUGUAUUUCCAACAUGAAGGGCACUCGAGGACAAUUGUUGGGAUUCAGAGACGUUUGCUAGGAACUACAUCUACUCCCCAGUACAAUCUCCUGAUUUUGGACCCGGCUGAUUUUACUAAAGCUAUAGAGAAAGCGCUUAUAGAGAAGAGAGGAUGGGAGAGACAUCUUAAAAGAGGAGCUCACACAUUGACUUGUCCUGAGUAUCAGAUGUUGUACGUUGAUUCUGGAAUUGCUGAAGGAGCGGAGUUGGAUAAGCUCAAGACCAUUGAUAGCCACUUUGUUGAAUUCUAAUGCCCGCCUUAAUAAAUUGAAGAAUGGUUAUCAAAUUUCUUAGAUCAGUUGCCAUUGUAAACUUAUGUAUCAUAUACAACAUUUUGUAAUGUGCUAAGAAAAAGCUCAUAUAAGAUUGGCAUUAUAUAUAUAUAUAUAUAUAUAUAUUUUGCACUAGUAUUGAAUCUGUUGAUCAUUCAUAGUUAAGAGUUAAGAGUCUUAAGACUGUGUUAUUAUGACUACACAGUCUAAAGUUUCCUCAACAUACAAAGGUUACUUGAACACCAUACUAUAUACCACUUAAAACACCUAAAACAUAAAAAAGAUGUGGCUAUUUUAUUAGAAACACUGAGAAAGGUAA